AGUCUUGGGCCAGGCCAGGGUUGCGGGGGGCCUUGACCCCUCUGCGCGUGGCCUGGUGGGGACCGGCGGAGGGGAGACAAGUCCCCACGCCUCGUGCCCCUGGGCGAGCGAGGACUCGCGGGGGACUUUCUCUGCCGCGCGCAAGUCCGCGUCCCUUGGGUGGGCGUGCUGGGGACUUUGCUAGGAGCCGGGGCUUAGAGGACAGGCGCGGAGGGAGGGGCACUUGUAGAUAAUAAUUGUAAGGCGUUUCUUCACCUGUCUGAUAAGGUGGCUGGCGUUUAAAGUCCCAGGUUUACUGUUGAGGAAAUUGUGCCUUAAUUGGGUUAGGUGACGAAUUGUUUAGCUUUUCAACAGUCGAUUUCCUCCUUUGGAAAUUUGGUAUUAAUACUUCAUAGGGUUUGAGUAAAAGAUCAAGUGAGCCGAUGAAUGUGAAUGGACUUUGCAAACCAUGAUAAUUGAGUGCCUACUGUGAGCUUGGGAUAUACAUGACUGCAUUUGAUCUUUACAGGACCCACCCAAAGGGCGGUGGAAGUAACCCUAAAAAAAGGAAGUUGAAGCAGACGAGCCAAAUAACUUCUUGGUAGUUAGUAAGGGAUAGGCAGUUUUCCAACCUACGUCUGUCUCUUUUGCUAUUGCUUUCGUCUACGUCUUAAUUAUUGGAAACUCAGCAUUUAGAAUUGAAGACUUUGAGAGGUGACAUACAAAUGGCUGAGCUAUACACUAGGAGUUCAUGUUAACCAGGCUAAACAGAUGCUGUAUGAUUAUGUUGAAAGGAAGCGAAAGGAGAAUUCAGGAGCCCAGCUGCAUGUCACCUAUUUAGUGUCUGGCAGUCUCAUUCAGAAUGGACAUUCUUGCCACAAGGUUGCAGUAGUGAGAGAAGAUAAAUUGGAAGCAGUGAAGUCCAAGCUAGCUGUGACUGCCAGCAUCCAUGUGUACAGCAUCCAGAAAGCCAUGCUAAAGGACAGUGGGCCUCUGUUCAAUACCGACUAUGACAUCCUUAAAAGCAACUUGCAGAACUGCAGCAAGUUUAGUGCCAUACAAUGUGCAGCUGCAGUUCCCAGAGCUCCUGCUGAAUCCUCAUCUUCCGAAAAGUUUGAGCAGUCAGAUCUUCAAGUAUCGAGUGAGACACAAGCCAAUAAUGAGUUGACAACCAAUGGUCAUAGUCCACCUACCUCCAAACAGAUUUUACAGCAGCCCAAGGGAAUAAUGGGAAUGUUUGCCUCUAAAGCUGCUUCUAAAACCCAAGAAGCCAACAAGGAAACCAAAACAGAGGCUAAAGAGGUAUCUUCUGCAGGCAACAAGGCACCAGGGAAAGGGAAUGUGAUGAACAAUUUUUUUGGAAAAGCUGCUAUGAAUAAACUUAAAGUCAAUUUGGAUUCAGAACAAGCAGUGAAAGAAGAAAAAAUAGUGGAGCAACCUCCAGUGUCUGUCACUGAACCAAAGCUGGCAGCCCCUACAGGCCUGAAGAAACCCAGCAAAAAAGCAGAGCCUGUUAAGAUGCAGCAGAAGGAAAAAAAAAGGGGGAAGCGAAUGGAGUUAUCUGAUGAUGAGACAAAAGAAACUGAAAGUAUGAAGAAAAAGAGGAGAAGAAUCAAACUUCCUGAGUCUGAUAGCAGUGAAGAUGAAGUCAUACCAGACUCUCCUGGGGAUUAUGAAGCUGAGUCACCAUCCCCACCUCCUCCUGCUUCUCCACCUCCUGAACCAGUGCCUAAGACUGAACCAGAGCCUCCUUCUGUCAAGAGCUCAAAUGGAGAAAAAAGAAAACGAAAACGGGUGCUGAAGUCUAAGACCUUUGUGGAUGAGGAAGGCUGCAUAGUGACUGAAAAAGUCUAUGUGAGUGAAUCCUGCACAGAUAGUGAAGAGGAGCUUAAGAUGAAGACCUCCUCGGUACAUAGACCCUCCGCCAUGACGGUGAAAAAAGAACCCAAAGAAGAACGAAAGGGCCCAAAGAAAGGGACUGCUGCUCUGGGCAAAGCCAACAGACAAGUAUCCAUUACUGGCUUCUUCCAGAGGAAGUGAACUGCCAUCUCUGUUAGUUCAGAGACGUGGAGUGGUCAAGGGAGAAGACCAAGACAGACAGACUUUCACUUACUGUGUAAGUUCAUCCUGUGCCUCACCUUGCCUGUAUGAAAAGACUUAUUCCAUCCUGUGAGGUUUAUACUGUUUCUGGUUUUUAACCAAAGGGAAAUCACCUGGAAGCAAGAGGCAAAAGAAUAUUUAAGAAGCUGUUGUGUUUUAAGGACAUUUUUUUAAGCACAAUCUUGACCUGUUCUGGAGAAGAAUUCACUCCAAACAUAAAUUGGAACAGGUUUCAGAAUUAUCACUGAAGCCAUUUAGUUGCUAAUUCACUGGUCCCUACCCAAUCCUGUGUCCUGAGCACUUAUGGCUCAAGAAGUAUUCUUCUUUGUUCCUUUGUAUUCUGUGGACUUGUGUGGGUCUUCAUUUAUCCCUGAAUUUUACUGGCUGUGUUUACCACUCUCCCCAUAAUCCCUUCCCCACUACCAUACUUCUAUGUGAAGCCAUUUUGUGUAAGUCUUUUAAAUCUUUGUUGGACUAAAGGCUGAAACAAAAAUCUCCCUAUAAUCCUCUAAUCCUCUCUUCCUCCGUUAUAAAGUACACUGACACCUGGCUACAGACCAGCACAUUGCUUAUGUUCUGCCCCUUUCACAAAAGCUCUCUCGACCUUCACUCGCAAUUAGUAGGUAGGGAAAAGCCUCAGGCAGAGCACAAAUAGAAAUGUAAUGAUGUAUUCAACUCCACCAGAAAUUACUUAGUGUCAGCAUUGACGAUAGUAGAGGCCUUGCCAUGUUGCUGACACAGGGCAUGUUUUACGCUGCUCUUUGUGAUUUUUGUCUCCUCCUCUCUCCCUUUCCCACUGUUAGUACCUAGAGAGUGAAACCCAGGCAAUGAAAUGGAGGCUAAAAAGAGAAAGCCUUUUCUGUAUGCAGGGUACAACAGUUAAGAAAAAGUUCUUCUCAAGGAACCUGAAUGUUCAGAAACAGCAAUUUUCCAGGAAGGUAACAAGGAAGAAAUAAAGCACACAUUUUUAUAUA